AUGGCUGCCAACUACUGGGAGUCAACUCAGAGAAAACAUUGGCAGUUCACCAAGGAGCAGCUGGCGUCGAUGCGCCAGAGACUCGAGGAUGAGGACCCGGGUCUCGUCCAGAGCUUCGGCUUGCCACAAUGGAGGCACCUGAACAUCUUCUUCAACCAACAGAUCAACCGGCUCGGGAAGCGGCUCGGGGUCAGACAGCAGGCCAUGGCCACCGCCCAGGUCUACAUCAAGCGAUUCUACAUCAAGGUCGAGAUCAGGAAAACAAAUCCAUUCCUCGUCAUCACUACCGCGCUAUACUUGGCUUGCAAGAUGGAGGAGUGCCCCCAACACAUCAGGCUGGUGAACCAGGAGGCGAGGAGUUUGUGGACAGACAUGCAGCUUUACAACGACCCAUCCAAGAUCGGAGAGUGCGAGUUCUGGCUCAUAUCCGAAAUGAACUCGCACCUCAUCGUACACCAGCCCUAUCGCACCCUGACCAGCCUCCAAUCCAGUCUUAACCUGACCCAGGACGAGGUUACACUGGCGUGGUCCAUUGUUAACGACCAUUACAUGACCGACCUUCCGCUCCUAUACCCACCACACACAAUUGCCCUCACCGCGAUACUGCUCGCCAUCCUGUUCCGGCCGUCGCCAAACAGCGGUCAGGCUGGCACGGCUCAAGGGUCUGGCAGUGCCAUGGGCCAGCCCAACAUGGCUGGAAUCAAUGCAGUGACCGCGGCCCUUGCACAAGCUCAGGCGCGACAGACUCCCACGCCGGGUGCGCCCCCGGGACAGACACCGGUGGAUGCUGCAACCGCUGCACAGUCGGCAGCCCUGACUAAGGAGAAGGGCGAGCGGUACUCGAAAGUGCAGCGUUUUGGCCUGUGGCUCGCCGAAAGUAGUAUGGACAUCGAGGGCAUGGUCGACUGUACCCAGGAGCUCAUCUCAUUCUAUGAUUGCCAGGAACAGUACAAUGAUAAGCUCACGCGUGAGCAGAUCGUGCGCUUCAUCAAGGCACGGGGGCUGGACAAGGGCUGA